AUGAAACAUGGCGAAGAGUCAUAUGCAUCUCACAAUCAGAGAGCCGCAGACGAGACGCAUGAACAUAAUCAUACAUUUGAAGAAGAGUUUCCCGUGGACGAUCCGAACGUUCAACAUGCCGCAACAAAAAUUCAAGCGCAAUUUCGUGGAUUUAAAACCAGACGAGAAUUAGAAAAAAUGAAAGAAAAAUCGGACGGAAUUACUCAUUCUAAUCAAGAAGAAUCAAAUUAUGAUGAUGAACAAUCCCGAACAUCCAGCGAUGAAUACAAAAAACCAUCGGACAUAUCAAAUGCACAACAGGAUGCCACUUUCGACGAUGAAAACAUCACCGAAGAGGAAAAACGCGAACAAGAACGUGCCGCAGUAUCCAUUCAAGCACAAUUUCGUGGUUAUAAAAUUCGAAAGCAUCUCCGAGAAACAUCCGACGACAAACAAGAAAAGGUACUCUCUGUCGAUGAUGACAAACCAUCAUCUCAUUCAAAUGAUUAUCAUCAUAAUAUAACAUCAAUCGAUGAGAUGAAAACCGAUACUUCUGUUCACAUUACAAAGACCAAAUCGAAUUACAUAGACAAAAACGGGCCUAGUGACCAGGUAUAUCAUCAAACUGAAUCUAUCUCGAAUUCCGAACCUAUCCAAGAACACUACGACGACUUUGAAAUCGACGAUAUGAGCGAUCCAAAUCUUGAAAAAGCAGCAACACGCAUCCAAGCAUCCUAUCGGGGUUACAAAACUCGAAAAGAUUUAGGCUCUCAUCCAGGAGUUCCAUCAUCCGGCAAUGAACAAGAUCAUUUAUCAUCAUCAACUUCUUCCCAAGCGCAUGAAGAACACGAUAAUGGACGAAAUAAGAACAUUUUAUCACCAUCAGCUGAAGGCAAUAAAGUUCCAGUCGGCGAAGAAGAAGAAGAAGAAGAUAAUGCAGCUGCUGUUAGAAUUCAGGCUGCUUAUCGUGGUUAUCGAGUUCGAAAAGAAUUAGAAAAAUAA